AUGGGUCUUCUGCAAAUUCUCAAAAAGUUGUUUAAGUCGUCUCAACUCUGCUCGUUUCGUGUAAUGGGAGAAGAUUUCAGAACCGGUGAGGUUGGGUCUCGUUCGAGAAAUCUUCUUAUGAGAAGCAACACACACUCAGAUCUUCUCAAAUUCAAGGGAGCUAAGCAAGAUUUACAAAAGAUUUUUGCUGAAAUCGAGGAUUACGUGAAUGACUGCAAACAGUUUUUCAAAGAAAAACUAUCAGAGGAGGCUGGCAAGCGACUCUCUCCGGCCCUUGAAGAAUCCUCUAAAACUGAUUUGGAGCCAUAUUUUGAAAGAGUGAAACAAAUACAGUCAAUUAUUUCGCGUAAUCAAAUGAAAUGUGCCUUUUUCGGGCGAACAUCGAACGGCAAAAGUACAGUCAUAAAUGCAAUGCUUGGCUCGCGAAUUCUGCCUUCCGGUAUCGGGCACACAACAAGCUGUUUUGUUCAAGUACAAGGAACUAACCAAAGUCAGGGCUUUUUACAACAGGAAUGUAUUUCCGACUUUGGUUCAGGUGAAGAGACUCAAACUUUAUCAGAACCUCGACCGAUAGAAUCGGUUAGUCACUUGGCCCAUUCGUUGAGCUCGGCCAAGAUGGCCAGUGAUUCCCUCAUAUACCUCUUCUGGCCAAGCUCCAGCUGUCAUCUUCUGCGAGAGGACGUGGUCUUACUAGACAGCCCUGGAGUAAAUGUCGAUCCUGACAUGGAUGCAUGGAUCGAUAGGCACUGUCUUGAUGCUGACGUCUUUAUCCUCGUUGCUAAUGCCGAGUCAACUCUAAUGCAGGCAGAAAAAGACUUCUUCUAUCGCGUCAGCAGCAGAAUCUCCAAGCCGAACAUCUUCAUUCUCAACAACCGAUGGGAUGCCUCGGCUGGUGAAGCGGAAUUAGCCGAUCAGGUAAAGGAACAACAUAUGCAGAGGUGUGUUUCCUUCUUGACGGAUGAGUUAAAAGUGUGUGGACACGACGAAGCAAUGGAGCGCGUCUUUUUUGUCUCCGCCCGCGAGGUCCUCACCAUCCGAGCCAGGUCUCUCAACGGCGGCGCUCCACCUGGUUCUGCGCCCAACAUUGGCUCUCCCUCCGCUGGCGGCUAUCCACUGGCUGACGGAUGGCAGGCUCGUUUGAUGGAAUUCUCCACCUUUGAGAAAGUUUUCGAGAAAAUCCUCUCUGACUCGGCCACUCGUACAAAGUUUGCCUCCCAUGCGGAGCAGGGCAAAGAACUGGCCGCCUACUUCCGCCAACUCAUGGAGACAACCUACGAGGCUGCCCUAGAGGAGAAGGACGCAGGUAUCCGUUACCGACGUCUGUCACAGGCGAGACUUGAAGAGUUGCGCGCAAAGUUGCAGAAUGCUGCUAGGACCAUCAACGACCUCAUUGCCAAGUGCCUACUGGACGUGGAGGCUCAGGUGGCCAACGCACUCUGCAACGAGAUUCGACGACUGGGCGAACUGGUAGAUAGCUUCAGUGGGCACGCUUUCGCAGCGGACGAUGAGGCGACACUACGCACCUAUCGUCACGAGCUCAACGCUUAUAUUGAGCGCGAACUGGGCAAGAAACUGGCCGCUGCGUGUGCCGGUGAUAUUCAUUCGCAGGUGGUCCGUGCUGAACAAAUUAUGGCUAGCAUCUACGAAGGUCUGGUGGAGGCGGAUGAGUCGGCAAAGAGUAGGAUAAUGCAGAGCGUUCUAUCGAGUUCCUUCGAACCAGAGUUCCAUGUCGACUGUCGCAAUAUCUGCGCGGAGUUCAGGGAGGACUUACGUUUUCGUUUCUCUCUUGGACUCUCCUCUCUAGCCGAGCGGCUGCUCCACCACCAACGCCACGGUGGUUUUUAUUCCUCCGGCUCUACUGCCAAUACGUGGACAGGUGGCUACGCCGGGUCGCAAGGGAUGCCGGAGUACUCACCGGUUCUGCCGCUUUUCCUCUCAUCCCUUCCAGCUCUACUCAGCCGAAACACCGUUGGACUACUUGUAGUUGGUGGAAUUGUGCUGAAAGCGACGGGAUGGCGUAUGAUAAUGGUUUUGGGCGGACUUUAUGCGGGCCUCUAUGCCUACGAGCGCCUGGCGUGGACGAACAGGGCGCGCGAAGCCGCCUUUAAGUCCCAGUACGUCAAUUACGCCUCACAUAAGCUCCGCCUCAUUGUUGACCUCACUGGCACCAACGCACGACACCAGGUGAAGCGCGAGUUGCAUCAGAUGCAAAAGCGUCUCGGAAACGAGGGUGAGGGCGCAGCAAAGGUUCUUUCCGACGAAUUGGUCCAGUUGGACAAAGACCUUGUCACCCUCGACAACAUUACCACCUCCGCUAAGACACUCAAGAACGGUGCUAUCUACCUGGACGGCUGUCUGGACAAAUUUCACAAGGAAUACAUAAGCUCAGCGUGGAAUUAG